AUUCAGUCCACAGCACAAGUCAGAAAGUCAAAUUUUCAGCAGGGUGUCCAGAGGAGCAGGACGCACGGAUGCGGUUUUUCUGCGCGAGCUUCAUCGCGUCUCACAGUAAAGUAGAACAGUUUCACUUCCUCCUGUUUUGUUCACUGUGAUAAUUAAAGAGCGUUAAUUGGAUCCGAGGACUCGUUUGCUUCCUUUUCUCAGGUAUUUCUCCUCUCUUUGCGCGCUGUGCCAGCGCCAGCGCCAGCUGUUUGCGCACCUGAGUCCCGGCGGCGUCAAAAACAUGACUUUUAAAUCGCUUCCGAGCCGCUAAACUGCACACGGUUGAGACUUCACCGGCGUCAUGUUUGCUGUGGCGAAUCCGAGUGGAAUAAUCACCGAACCACAGGUCCAGGUGUCCUCCUCAUCCUCCUCAUCCUCAGGCGGAGCUGAUGUGUCUGUGUGGAGGAGCGCACCAGUCUGACGCCAGCUGGGAUUUGACAGAGCGCAGGAGUUUGGGGAUGCGAGAGAAACAUUGAGAGAAAGAAUCUCCUGCUGCAAGUUUGAUCUGGAUUGAUCCAGGACUGCGCACAGUCAGCCAUGGCCUCUGAGAUGGUGUGCGGGCUGAUCUUCAGGCUGCUGCUGCCCGUGUGUCUCGCAGCUGCUUGCCUGUUCAGGUACAAUGCCCUGUCCUUCGUCUACCUCAUCUAUCUCCUGCUAAUUCCACUCUUCGCGGAGCCCACGUGUACGUCGAUGCAGGGCCACACAGGGCGUCUGCUGCAGUCCUUGUGCUUCACCAGUAUGUCCUUCCUGCUGCUCCACAUCAUCUAUCAGAUUACCGUCAACAGCCUCUUGGCCGGGAACUCCAUCGCCUCGGACUUCAACUGUUCCACAUGGGAGAAAUCCAUAAGACAAAUCGGCUUCGAGAGCGUGAUCGGCGCGGACGCGGGGAACGGCAUCCGAGUCUUCAUCCCCGACAUCGGCAUGUUCAUGGCCGGCCUGGCCAUCUGGCUGCUGUGUCGCAGUCUGGUCCAGAAGAGGCCGCCUGAGGACAUGGCCCAGUACAACGCCGACUUUGACGCAGAGGAACAAGAGGAAGAGGAGAAGCUGAGCCUGGAGGACAACAUCCUGCUGGAGGAGGACUACGAAGCAGGGUACGAGGCCGGGGAGGAUGAGGAGGACGACGAAGAGCUGGAGGGGGAGGAGGAGGAGGAGGAGGAGGAGGAGGAAGAGAAGGAGAGCGCAAAGAUGAAGGUUUUGAGAAUCGUGGCCGAAGUGGCCUCCAAGGUGAAGGAGAUCAUCGGGAACUUGAUCACCACUGCGGGGAAGGUGGUGGUCACCAUCCUGUUGGGCAUGACAGGCGUCAUGCUGCCCUCCAUGACCUCGGCCGUUUACUUCUUCAUCUUCCUCUUCCUGUGCACCUGGUGGUCGCUCUGCCGGACGUUCGACACGCUCAUCUUCAGCUGCAUGUGCGUCCUCAUGGCCAUCUUCAGCGCCGGACACCUUGUCAUCCUCUACCUCUACCAGUUCCAGUUCUUCCAGGAGUCCAUUCCACCAGGAGAUGGCUACAUCAGUGUGUUUGGCAUUUCCCCGAUCGUUCAGAGCAACUGCUCAUACACGUGGAAGCUCAUGGUGCACCCGGAGAGAAAGUGGUACCAUUUUGUGAAUCCCAUCAUGCUGCUGAUCCUCUACUACACUCUGGCCACGCUGAUCCGCCUCUGGCUGCAGGAGCCCAUCGAACAGCUGACGGACGACAAAGACAGCAAUGUGUGCGAGGAGGAGGAUCUGGUUGGAAACAGAACCAGUAACUCGGCCAACAGGAAGCGGCAGCUGUGGUGGGAGUCGCGUCAGGGCACCGAUGAGAAAAACCUCCUCUCCACCCAGGAUGGCAUCAGUACGACUGAGGCCGUGCCCACGUCAAACGGGACGUCCUUCGAGUUUGUCACGACCGAGAAUGGACCGGUCUGUCUGGACUUAUAUUCCACCCCGCAGUAUAAAAUGGACCAGCCCAACGAUGGCACAGAGAAGAAGGAUGAAAGUGUGUACGAAGUGUAUUUGCCCCCGGAGGAUUUGGCGCUGGACGGCAGCGGCGAAGAGAAGUCUGAGGGAAGCGAGGACGGGAUAAAGCAGAGAGGAGUGAGCGCCAUGGUCAAAGUCUUCCAUUUCAUCAUGAAACAGAGCUACAUCUGCGCUCUCAUCGCCAUGAUGGCGUGGAGCAUCACGUACGUCAGCUGGCUCACGUUUGUCUUCCUUAUCUGGUCGUGCAUGCUGUGGAUGGUGAGGGACCGGCGGCGCUACGCCAUGCUGUCGUCGCCCUUCAUGGUCGCCUACGGCAACCUGCUGAUCGUCCUGCAGUACAUCUGGAGCUUCGAGGACAUGCCCGAGGUCCCGGGCUUCUUCGUGAAGAAGAGGAACCCCUUCCACUCGCUCUCGUCCAAGGUCCUGUGUCUGCUGAGCUUCUGGCUGCUGCUGAGACAAACGCUCACCGAGCGAUGGGAAAAACAAAAGGACGACAGCGCCGGCCUCUCAGACGUUCACGUGGAGGACCAGGAGAAGAAGGAGGAGGAGGACUCUGAAGACCGAGGCGAACAGGACAUCAUGCACGUCCUGGGCAGCAUGGUCAUGGCCAUGCUGGUGAAAUACUGGAUCUACAUCUGCGGCGGCAUGUUCUUCUUCGUCAGCUUCGAGGGAACCAUCGUCAUGUACAAGAUCAUCUACAUGAUGAUGUUCCUCUCCUGCGUGGCUCUCUACCAGGUGCACUACGAGUGGUGGAGGAGGAUCCUCAAGUACUUCUGGAUGUCGGUGGUAAUGUACACCAUGCUGGUGCUCACGCUGGUCUACACCUUCCAGUUCAAAGGCUCCGUGGAGUUCUGGUCCAACAUGUUAGGCAUGGACAAACAGAGCUUGAAGGACCUGGGUCUGGAGCAGUUCACUGUGUCCCAGCUCUUCACCAGGAUCUUCAUUCCCACAUCCUUCCUGCUUGUGUGUAUCCUCCACUUGCAUUACUUCCACGACCGCUUCCUCCAGCUCACCGACCUGCAGGCUGUGGUGGCGAAAGAGCAGAGCACGAUCUACAGACUGGUGCACCAGGACGGCAGCCUGGCGGACCUCACCAUGCUCAGUGCCAGCUCGGUGGACGCAGCGCUGCCCAGAGAGCCGGAGCUGAAGCCGGGGCCCGAGGACGAGCAGGAGGAGCAGGGGGAGUGGGGCACAGAGAGAGAGAAGGAGCAGGCACUGGUGGUGGUGAUGGAUGAAGCUGACGCGACUGGCGAGAAGCCCGGGAGCUUAUCCGACCUGCGGCAGUCCAGCACAGAGGAGAGCCAUCACUGCAGUGCAGGGACCCAGCCCGAGCCAGAGCCCAGCACCGAGCAGAGCUCAGAUCUGAAGAAUAAGUGGCAUCUGGUGGUCGACCGUCUGACCGUGCUCUUCCUCAAGUUCUUGGAGUAUUUCCACAAGCUGCAGCUGUUCAUCUGGUGGUUGCUGGAGAUCCACAUCAUCAAGAUCUUGUCCUGCUACAUUGUCCUGGUCUCUGUUCAAGAGGUUUCGCUGUUCAACUUUGUGUUCCUGGCGUCGUGGGCCUUCGCGCUGCCCUACAGUCAGUAUCGGCCGCUCGCCUCCAGUGUUUGCACUGUGUGGACAUGUGUCAUCAUUGUAUGUAAAAUGUUGUACCAGCUGAAGUCCAUAGACCCUCCGUCUUACUCCAAGAACUGCUCGUUGCCGGAGAGGUACUCGAGUGACCAGGAGGCCGAGCUGAAGACGUCUAUGCUGUAUGAUGGACUCGUGGAUCCAGCCAACUGGGUGGGCUUGAACAAGGCUAAUGACCUGCUGGGCUACCUCAGGAAUAACCUCUUGAUGUUGGCCAUCCUGGCCUUCGAGGUGACCAUCUACCGCCACCAGGAAUAUUUCAGACUGAGGAACAAGCUGUCGCCGCCGGCCGCUCGCAUCAUCUUCCACGACAUCACGCGGCAGCACCUGGACAUCGGCAUCAUCAGCUUCAUCAAAUAUUUCAUCAAUUACUUUUUCUACAAGUUUGGACUUGAGACGUGCCUGCUGUUGGGGGUCAACGUAAUCGGGCAGCGCAUGGACUUCUACGCCAUGCUUCAUGCAGUCGCGCUGAUAGCCGUCAUGUACAGACGGCGGAGGAAAGCCAUCGCAGAGAUCUGGCCCAAGUACUGCUGCUUCCUGGCCUGCAUGCUCACCUUCCAGUACUUUGUCUGUAUCGGGAUCCCGCCGGCAGCCUGUAAAGACUAUCCCUGGAGGUUCCCCAGCUCUUUCACAGACUCUAACGUGGUCAAGUGGCUUUAUCUUCCAGACUUCCACACCAGGCCCAGUCCGUCCUUCCUCAUCUACGACUUCAUGUUGCUGCUGUGCGCCUCUCUUCAGAGGCAGGUGUUUGACGAUGAGAACAAAGCGGCCGUCCGAAUCAUGGCCGGAGACAACGUGGAGAUCUGCAGGGACUUGGACGCGGCCUCCUUCAGUGUCCACAACCCGGUGCCAGACUUCAUCCACUGCCGGUCCUACCUGGAUAUGCUGAAGGUCAUCAUGUUCAGUUACCUGUUCUGGUUUGUCCUCACCAUCAUUUUCAUCACGGGAACCACCCGGAUCAGCGUCUUCUGCAUGGGCUACCUCGUCGCCUGCUUCUACUUCCUGCUCUUUGGCGGCGAACUGUUGCUGAAGCCAAUCAAAAAGAUUCUGCACUACUGGGACUUUCUGAUCGCCUACAACAUCUUUGUGAUCACCAUGAAGAACAUUUUGUCCAUCCUGGCCUGUGGCUACAUCAGCAUCCUCAUCGAGAAGCAGUGCUGGUUGAUCCAGCUGUUGAGUUUGGCCUGCACCAUUAAAGAAUAUAACAUCGAAAUCAACCAGGAAAAAAUGCCUGUCGAUCAGCGCUGCGACCUGCCCAGCGACGAGGCCGGCAUCAUCUGGGACAGCAUCUGCUUCGCCUUCCUACUGCUGCAGAGACGAGUCUUCAUGAGCUACUACUUCCUGCAUGUGGUAGCCGACAUCAGAGCAUCGCAGAUCCUAGCGUCCAGAGGAGCUGAGCUUUUCCAGGCCACGAUCGUGAAGGCGGUGAGAGCAAGACUGGAGGAGGAGCGUAAAUCUGUGGAGCAGCUGAAAAGACAGAUGGAGCGCAUUAAAGUGCGGCAGCAAAAGUUUAAGCGGGGCAAGGAGAAGAUGCUUAGCAUCGCGCAGGAGUCCGGAGAGGGACAGACACUCGUGCAGCCCCAGGACGACGACGACGACGACGGAGCACAGCGAACGAAAGCCAAGACCAAAAAAAAGCAGUGGUGGAGGCCGUGGGUUGACCAUGCUUCCAUGGUUAGAAGUGGAGACUAUUACUUGUUUGAAACUGACAGUGAGGAGGAAGAGGAGGAGGAGGACAAAAAAGACGAGGAGCCGCCCAGGAAGUCAGCGUUUCAGCGAGCAAUUGGGAAGUUUGUGUCCGCGGUUCUGGCUUUGCCCAGGUCAAUCAUAAAGCUGCCUAAAACUAUCCUGCAGUAUGUAAUGAAGGCAGGAAAGUUCCUGUAUCACGCCUGGAUCACGGACCCUAAAGCUGCGCUCAGAGCUCGAGGCAAAGAGAAACGCAAAUUCUGGAAGAAAUACACGAGAGGAGUGCGACACAGGAAGAGUAAGAAAGAUGGUCAUGUGACCAUCGAAGUCGGCGAAACGUCAGAAGGGCAAGAAAAAGAAGACGAUGAAAAUGAGUCGAGUGGUCCAGACAACAUCAUCAAACGCGUGUUUAACAUCAUCAAGUUCACGUGGGUGCUCUUCCAGACGACCGUGGACAGCUUCACCAAGUGGAUGAACGAGAUGUGCCGCGAGUACAUCGACAUCUCCACCGUGCUGCGCAUCGAGCGCUGCAUGCUCACACGAGAGGUCAAAAAGGGUAAUGUGCCGUCCAGAGAGAGCAUCCAUGUUUACUAUCAGAAGGCCAUGAGGCUCAACAUGUCCCGACAGGCCAGCAUGGAUCAGCUCAGCGACGACGAGUCGGCCUCGGGCUGCACCGGCGUGCGGAGGAGACGUGGAGGUUACCACAUGGAGAGCCAGGACUCCACAGCCUCCAGAGACAGCAUAUCCAGUGCUGUCACUGAGGCCACCACGCUGUUCUCUCGCCAGUCCACGCUCGAGGACCUCGACGGGAUGUCAGAGAGCAUUCCCAAAACCAGCGAGCGAGCCAGGCCCAAGCUGCGCAAGAUGUGUGGCCUGGACGUGUCCACGUCGUCCGUGGACAGCGGCAGCAGCUUCAUAUCCAGGUGA